AUGCUAUCAUCUUCAGCCACAUCUGCUAUCCUCUUCCGCUUCAACUGCUAUACUAUUCCACCUUGCCUGCAAUCUUCUUCCGCCUCACCUGCCAUCCUCUUCAGUCUCACCAGCUAUCCUCUUCCGCCUCACCUGCUAUCUUCUUCCGCUUCAUCUGCCAUCCUCUUCCGCCUCACCUGCCAUCCUCUUCCACCUCACAUGCUAUCAUCUUCAGCCACAUCUGCUAUCCUCUUCCGCUUCACCUGCUAUACUAUUCCACCUUACCUGCUAUCUUCUUCCGCCUCACUUGCCAUCCUCUUCCGCCUCACCUGCUAUCCUCUUCCGCCUCACCUGCUAUCUUCUUCCGCCUCACCUGCCAUCCUCUUCCACCUCACAUGCUAUCAUCUUCAGCCACAUCUGCUAUCCUCUUCCGCUUCAACUGCUAUACUAUUCCACCUUACCUGGUAUCUUCUUCCGCCUCACUUGCCAUCCUCUUCAGUCUCACCAGCUAUCCUCUUCCGACUCAGCUGCUAUCCUCUUCCGCCUCACCUGCUAUUCUCUUCCGCCUAA